CGAAAAUGAGCAACUCCUUGGAAGUCGAACAGCAGCCUUACGUUGCAGGUGCACCAUUGCAAGCUCAAUCGAUGCUGCAGAUUUGUGCGACCAUUUUGCAGUUGGUUCUGGAUUUUGUGGUGAUUUUCGUUAGAUCCGUUCCUCUUUUGGUGGAAAGUAUCGUGGAAAUUUUCGCUGGACCAGAGCCAAAAACGAUUGGUGGUCAGACGGCUCUGAUUACCGGAGGAUCCAAUGGAAUUGGUAAAGCGAUUGCCACCGAAUUGGCCAAAGAAGGCUGCAACGUGGUCAUUGUUGAUCUGGACCAGGUCAAUGGAGAGAAAACGGCCGCAGAACUUCGCCGUUACAAUGUGAAAACCAACGUUUUCAAGUUUGACGUCGCUGAUUACGAACAGGUGCGGGAACUUUUCCGACAGGUGAACCAAACGGUGGGUCCCAUCGAUAUACUCGUUAACAACGCCGCCAUUGUACCAUUUUUGAGCCAAACCGAGAAAAAUGCUUCCGAAAUCAAGCGGAUGAUGGACGUUAAUGUACUGUCCGGAUUUUGGACAGUAGAGCAGUUCUUGCCGAACAUGAUCCGCCGUCGGAAGGGACACAUUGUUGCAAUCGCCUCAGCAUGUUCCUACGCACCGGUAGGUUGGGCUAAGCCGUACGCCACCUCGAAGUACGCCGUGCGAGGUUUCAUGGAAUCUCUGGACGAAGAGCUGUACCUGAUGGGUCAAUCUGACCUUAUCAAGACGACUACCGUUUUUCCGUUUGUGAUCAACACUCGGAAGCAUCUGAUGGAAAAGAUGUCCCGAACGCCUGGACUUUCAGCGUUCCCCAAGUUCAGUCCUGAACUGGUGGCCAAAACUGUCGUCGAUGCGAUCAAAACGAAUAAACGGAAGGUUGUGGUGCCCAACAUCUUCAAAGCGUGGAUGCUCAAUUUCUAUGAGCAUAUUCCGAUCAAAAUUCGCCGAAUGAUGGACCUCACAAUCAUGAAGGGAAAACCACCAGUCUUGGAUUGACAAUAAUUUUUAGUAAAUUGUUGAAUAAA